AUGUCCCGCGCCAGCAGUGCUGCGACCUCACCAGCACCAACCUCACGGCGACAUAUAGCUAGCAGCAGAGCCGAAACAUACACUCCACAAAUUGUAAAUAACGAGGGACUCGCCGAAGGCCUUGUAGCCCCGAUCUCAACCACAUAUUGUUCAGAAGACCAUGCAUAUAGCAGCGAUGCCCACGAUGAAGCUGAGAAACCACGUACUCGGCAUGUGAGAAGAGCAAACACAUUGUCCAAGGACUACGAAGACGAAGAAGAGAAGGCUGUUGUCAAGAAGUUCGAUAGGAGGCUCACUCUACUUCUAGCAUUUCUAUACCUCUUAUCCUUCCUCGACCGCUCCAAUAUUGGUAAUGCCAGAAUCGCGGGACUUGAAGAGGCUCUUCAGCUCUCAGAUAGAGAGUUUGAUUACUGUCUCGUGGCUUUCUACAUCACAUAUAUCGCUUUUGAAUGGAUGAUACUGCUGUAUCGCUUGGUACCGGCGCACAUCUAUAUCAGCCUCUGCGUUCUGGCGUGGGGUGUUGUUGCAUCGCUGCAAUCAGUGGUGACUUCUUUCAGCCAACUGCGUGCGCUUCGAGCAUGUCUCGGCGUCACCGAGGCAGCAUUCGGACCUGGAGUGCCCUUCUAUAUGACCUUCUUCUAUCGACGUGAAGAGCUGGCCUACCGAGUCGGACUCCAGAUCUCAGCUGCACCACUUGCUACAAGCUUCGCAAGUGGUCUUGCUUGGAUUAUCGUCAAGCUUAACCAGAACGGACCUAUCGAGCCAUGGCGAGCGCUGUUUCUCUUCGAAGGCUUUCCGAGCAUCAUCACCGCUAUCUUUGUGUGGUACCUCAUCCCUGACUCGCCAGACAAAGCACGAUAUCUGAAUGCACGAGAACGAAAGGUGGCGCGACUCAGAUUGAAGGAUGAGCAGCACCUUGAGGAUUCGACGAUUCGUAACGAACACAAGCCGCUUUCUAGCAACCAUCUCCUGUCGCGGCUGACGACCUCGAAAACCUUCAAGACUUUGUCAAGCAGUAUUGCCUGGCUUCAAGCUCUGAUCUUCCUCUCUAUCAAUGUCUCUUUUGCCUCGCUACCUGUGUUCCUGCCUACGGUCAUUCGUAGCAUGCAAUUCUCAGCGUUGACAUCACAAAUCCUCUCUGCACCGCCGUACCUCUUCUCGUUCGCCUUCGUCCUGCUUAUUGGUCGCUUCUCAGAUUCAGUAUCGGACUCUCGCGGUUACUGUCUUAUGGCUUGUUCCGGAAUCAGUGCGACAUCUUACUUCCUUACCGCGCUUUCGGGCCACCUGGAGGCCACGAACACACUCUCAGAAGGCACUGGCAUUAUUGUUCGCUACGUUGCAGUCUACGGUGCUGCCAUGGGUCUUUUCAGCUCGGUCGUCCUCAUCAUCACCUGGAACUUGAACAAUCAACCCAGCCGCAAGGAGAAAGGAUUAGCCAUGAUGAUUAUGAAUGUGGUAGGCCAGUGUGGCCCUUUGAUCGGCGUGAAUCUCUUUCCAAAACGAGACGGUCCCUACUAUGUGACCGGCAUGCUUGUCUCAGGUUUCUUCAUGUCAGGUGUGGUUCUGCUUUCUGCAAUACUGAGAUGGAAGCUGCAGAAGAUGAAUGGACAGGGAUCAAGUGGAUCAGUAUAUGAAAUGGUUCCAAUGACCAUUUCUGACAGCAGAUCCGAAGAGGCCGAGAAUUUGAUGGCUCACAAUACGAACGACAACUCAAUACUGUCGACAGGUCAAGCCUUCCGGUACAUGCUUUGA